AUACUAAAAUUAAUUGUAAACGAUAGCGAGAAAGGAAAGAAGAGAAAGAAAAGUGAAGAGCGAGCAGAACUUUAUGCACUACUCGAGGACGAAGAUGUGAAGAGGGGAGUGAAGGAAGCAUGGUCGCAGCGAGCGAGGGCAGGACUAUUUGGGUGGUUUCGAUCCUGGCUGGGGGAAGUGUUGGGGGUAGAACUGAAGCCCACAGUGGACAUUUCCUGUGCCAAGUACCAAUACACCGAUGUUCUGUUGUGUCAUGAUGAUGAGUUGGAGGGGAGGCGUGUUGCCUUCAUCCUCUACUUUGUCCCUCCAUGGGAGAGCAGCGAUGGAGGAACCCUGGAUCUCUUCAGCGCAGAUGAUCACUUCCAGCCCCAUAGUGUGGUGAAGUCUCUGGUGCCCAGCUGGAACACUCUGGUUCUCUUCGAGGUUUCACCCGUCUCCUUCCACCAGGUUUCACGGGCCGUCUUUGGAGCGACCCCCUCGUCACACAGAUCCCCCCUUGCCAAGGAGCCCCCACCUUCUCAGAGAUUGCUGCUAGAGUGGCUGACUCCACUGCAUCUGGAUGUUGACUACCAGUCACAGGUUCAGCAAGAGUUAGAGGACAGCUGAGAUCCAGCUCAAGAAUUUCCUCAAAGAGGAGAAGUUUAAGGAGGUGAGUGAAGCACUGCGAUCGACUGACGUCCAGUGGACCAAGCAAGGUCCUCCCAACAGGAGUUGAGCCUGUCAAGUAAUUUGUUUGUGUGAGUGAGAGAGAGAUCCCGAACGUGUUAUGAUGGCUGUAAACGUAUAUGAUUUGUGUAAAUAUUUUUGUGUAUGUCCGUUGUGCAGAUGUUAUGAAGUGACUUCGUUAGAGUCCUUCCCCCAGUGUGUGAGUGCAUGCUGGGAGCUGUUGUUCUCGGAGGCGUUCUUACUGCUUCUGUCCAACUUCACUGGCCUGAUACUGCACUAUCUCAGCCCUAGUGACGAAGACAAGGAGGAAGAGAAGGACCAAGAAGAUGAACAAGAGAGAGAAGCCACAGGGUCAUCUGGGUACAAACCAUCAGCUAAUAAGAAUACCAAAGAGCCGAGCACUCCGGUGUGUGUUGGAGAACUGCGUCGCUGGGCUCACGGGGACUACACACUACUGCACGAUGGAGACGCAUCGAGAGCGGAGUACGCCCUUGACCUACUGCUGCCCCUGAGCUGUCCUGACUGGCAGACCGAGUUUGGGGGUUCACCUCUUAUAUUGCUAAUGAAGAGGAUGAGGAGCUCCUGAUGGUGUAUCCAGAGGUCAACUCCCUGGCUCUUGUCUACAGGGACAAAGAGACUCUCAAAUUUGUCAAACAUAUAAUUCACAGAAGCUCCACCCUACCUAUUGGUGAUUCUUGUUGGAGAGCAGUUUAUGACUUCUCCUUUGUGUAUUAUGAUUGAGUUUUUGUGUGUAUGUGUUGAGGUGUAUGUGUUUGUAAUAUAACAUCACUGUGAGGGGUGGUCGGUCUACUCUAAA